AUGGAGAACACGUUAGGAGGAGGCAUAGGAUGGCUGAUAAAAGACACCAAAGGAAUCACCAUUCUUCAAGGAACAGAUAAUCGUAUGUUUGUCCCUUUAGCCCUAGCAGCGGAAGCCUUUGCGGUGAAGGCGGCUCUUCAUCAUGCGUUGGAUUCAGAUUUCACUAGUCUCUCCAUUCAGUCGGACUCUGAUGUCCUCGUUAAGGCCCUGCGUUCAGGGUUGGUGAUGAAUGAGAUUGCAGGCAUCCUUCAUGACAUUAGAUACCUUGCUUCUCGCUUUCACCAUAUCUCUUUUUAUGUUGUUCCUCGCUCUGCAAAUUGUUUAGCAGAUGCUUUGUCUACAUUUGCUUUGUCAGAAGCCUUUUGGCUGGCUAAGCCUAAGUAA